AUGAAACAUCUGGAUGAAAUUCGCUUAAUCCUUAACAAUAACGCCCUUGACAUUCUUGCAAUUAAUGAGUCCAAAAUUGAUAAUCAGAUUUCAAAUAAUGAGAUACAUAUUGAUGGUUUUAAUAUAAUUCGUAAAGAUCGAAAUAGGUUUGGUGGAGGUGUGGUUCUAUAUGUUCGCCAAAACAUAUCAUUCUCAGAUAGAAUAGAUCUAAUCCCUGAUGAACUUGAGAUGGUCUGCAUUGAAUUAAGUUUACCCUACAAUAAAUCACUGCUAAUAAGCACAUGGUAUAGACCACCAAAUUCUCUUAUGAAUAUAUUUGAUUACUGGGCAAGCUUUUUAGCAAAAUGUGAUAAUGAAGAUAAGGAGCUAAUCCUCAUAGGAGAUCUAAAUUGUGAUGUCAGUAAAACUAUACCUGACCCUCACACAUGUAAGUUGCAAUUUUUAUGUUCUCUGUAUCAGAUAGACCAACUUAUUAAAGAAUCUACAAGGCUAACUCCUAAAUCAGCUACACUAAUUGAUUUAAUAUUAACAAAUAGACCAGAAAAUAUUUCCAGAUCAGGUGUCAUUCACCUGGGAAUUUCAGAUCACAGCCUUGUCUACGCUGUGAGAAAAUUUACACUACCGAAAGGAAGGCAAAAAAUUCGUCAGGUUCGUAACUUUAAAAACUUUGUCGAAAAUGAUUUCAUUCGGGAUGUGUCUCAAUUGCCUUGGGAGAUGGUCUAUCAGUUUGGAGAUCCCAAUUUAUGUUGGCAAGUCUGGAAAUCACUAUUAUUAGAUGCACUUAAUAGACAUGCCCCUCUGCGCCACAAGCGAAUAAGGAAUAACCCUGUCCCAUGGAUUAAUCCUCAAAUUAAAGAACUUAUGAGAAAAAGGGACUAUCACAAAAAAAAGGCCAUAAAAUAUGAUUCGGAGUCACAGUGGGAAUUGUAUAAAACACUACGUAAUGAAGUAAAUAUAAACAUGCGGAAAGCAAAAUCUAAGUACUUUUGUGAUAAAAUCCAGGCAAGCUCUCAAAUGGGAGACAGUAAAAGUGGAUGGGCUUGGAUAAAUUCGCUCUUAGGAAGAAAGCAUAAGAAUGCAAAUAUUAAUGAACUGAAAGUAAAUGAUGAUAUUAUUUCUGAUGAUAAAUCUAUUACUGAAACAUUAAAUGAAUAUUUUAUAAAUAUUGGAAUGAAGAUGGCUGCUGAAUCAGCAUGUCAAAGCACUGAUGCUUUAAAUGAUCAAGUAAUUUAUGAAAGUACUGUGCUUCUUCCUAAAGAAAAUUUUCACUUCGCAGAUAUUACUAUAGAUAGUGUUUCCAAACGCCUACAAAAACUAAAUGUCUCAAAAGCGACAG